AGAUAGUUCAAGAAUCCCUUCUAUUUAAACUUAAACUCUAUUUUCGACUUGAAAACAUUCACAAACAAACUAUCCACUUUAUUAGUAGAGUACGUACUCUUCUAACUUUGUGUUAGAAUUAUGGGUAUGGCUGGUGGGGUUCAAAAUAAUCAACAUCUAUGGGGUACUCUGCUUCUUCCUCUACUUCUUAUCACUGUGUUCUGCUCUUCCAAUGCUCAGCAACAACCCCAAGUUCCUUGCUACUUCAUUUUUGGUGACUCUUUAGUUGACAAUGGCAACAACAAUCGACUUUCGUCUUUGGCUCGUGCCGAUUACCUCCCUUACGGUAUCGACUUCCCUCGUGGCCCUACUGGACGGUUCUCCAAUGGCAAAACCACUGUCGAUGUCAUUGCGGAGUUGUUGGGGUUUAAUGGUUACAUCCCUCCUUAUUCCAACACGAGAGGCCGAGACAUCCUUCAAGGGGUGAACUAUGCGUCGGCAGCAGCUGGAAUCAGAGAGGAAACUGGCCAACAAUUGGGAGCCCGGAUUAGCUUCAGUGGGCAAGUAAGAAAUCAUCAAAAUAUAGUUAGACAAAUAGUAAACAUAGUUGGCGAUGAAAAUGCAGCUGCUGAUUACUUGAAUAAGUGUAUAUAUUCUGUUGGAUUGGGUAGCAAUGAUUACCUUAACAACUAUUUCAUGCCACAAAUCUAUUCGUCCAGUCGUCAAUACUCACCUGAUCAAUAUGCCCAAAUUCUCAUUCAACAAUAUACGCAACAAUUAUCGAUUUUGUACAACAAUGGAGCAAGGAAGUUUGUGCUGUUUGGAGUGGGGCAAAUAGGUUGCAGCCCAAAUGCAUUGGCAAAUAGUCCAGAUGGGAGAAGUUGUAAUCAAAGGUACAACUUUGCAAAUCAAAUGUUCAACAACAGGCUCAAAGGCCUUGUGGAUCAACUCAAUAGAGACCAACCUGAUGCAAGAUUCAUUUACAUCGACUCUUAUGGCAUUUUCCAAGAUAUCAUUAAUAGCCCUUCAUCUUUUGGUUUUAGAGUUACAAAUGCUGGGUGCUGUGGGAUUGGGAGGAACAAUGGCCAAAUAACAUGUUUGCCUUUUCAAACUCCAUGUCCUAACAGAAGAGAGUAUCUAUUUUGGGAUGCCUUUCAUCCAACUGAGGCUGGAAACACCAUUAUUGGUAGAAGAGCUUAUAGUGCUCAACGUCCCUCCGACGCCUACCCGAUCGACAUUCGCCGCCUUCUUCAACUCUAGCUUAAAUCCUAUCCAUCCAACUUAUAGGAAUUUAUGUAUAAGUUGUUGGAAGAGGUCUAAUUAAUUUUCCUUUAAUCGCUUAUGUGCCAUUCUUCUCAAGAACAUGUGGCUUAUUUACUCCUCAAUUUAUGGCUUGUGUUUGUACUAGGUGUUUGAUAUUUAACUAAAUCUUUUCAUGAUAUAUUCUGAGGAAAGUCAAUCAAUGAGAAUGAAAAUAUGUUAUGAAUGAUCAGUUGAGCUGAA